UGGCUGGGGCUGUGAUUUUCAAUAAAAAUUUUUGGUAACUACAGUGUAGUGUACGACUUGUGUAAAAUUAGGUAAUGUAUUAAGUGCUCAGACGUGUAAUUUUGUGGUUGUUAGGGGUGCCAUGAUAACAUUAGAACAUAACUAAGAACUGAAUAACUGCAUCUACUACUUGGUUAUUUUGCAUUUUGUAAUCAAUGAAUAACACCAUGAGCGCCCAACAAAACCCAGCGAAUAUGCAGGCCGUCGUAGACAGAGAGAAAAUUUACACAUGGAUAUUAGAACUAUGCAAUCCUGAAACUCGCGAAAACGCUCUCUUGGAAUUGAGCAAGAAACGCGAAGUAGUUCCUGACUUAGCGCCAAUGCUAUGGCAUAGCUUUGGCACUAUAGCCGCGUUGCUGCAAGAAAUUACUAAUAUUUAUGUUGCUAUGAUACCGCCGACGCUGACAGCCCAUCAAAGCAACCGCGUCUGCAACGCAUUGGCUCUAAUGCAAUGUGUGGCCUCCCACCCUGAGACGAGGUCGGCAUUCCUGCAAGCACAUGUACCCUUGUUCUUGUACCCAUUUUUACAUACGGUAUCCAAGACGCGUCCUUUUGAAUACUUGCGACUGACUAGCUUAGGUGUUAUUGGCGCGCUAGUUAAAACUGAUGAACAAGAAGUGAUUACUUUUUUAUUGACUACUGAAAUAAUACCAUUGUGCCUGCGAAUCAUGGAGAAUGGAUCUGAGCUUUCCAAGACUGUAGCUACUUUUAUAUUACAGAAAAUUUUAUUAGAUGACAGUGGUCUGUGUUAUAUUUGUCAAACCUAUGAUAGAUUUUCACAUGUAGCAAUGAUAUUGGGGAAGAUGGUAUUAUCCCUUGCAAAAGACCCAUCUGCUAGACUGCUGAAGCAUGUUGUCCGGUGUUAUUUACGCCUCUCAGAUAAUCCAAGGGCUAGAGAAGCUCUCAGACAAUGCCUGCCUGACCAGUUAAGAGAUGCUACAUUCACUGCAUGUCCUCAGGAAGACAAUUCUACUAAACACUGGCUAGCUCAACUAAUAAAGAAUUUGGAAGCACAGCCUCCUCCGGCAAGUCCUGCACAACAGAAUAUGUGAGCCACGCUUUCUGUCUAUACAAUAGGCAACACAUCAUAUUAUUAUUAUGUGUGAUUUAUUUAACUGCAACAGCUCGCGUCCUUUGGCUGGCCAGCAUUCUUUUUCUUUUAAGACAUAACAUAUCAUUUUUGUAAUUUACCUGCAAAGCUGAAGACACAAUGAAGAAGCAGUAAUUAAUUUUUAUGUUAUGGUUAACAUAAAAAUUAAUUCCUAAGAUUAAUUUUAGGAAUUGGUAAUCCUAAAGUUAAUCUUGUUAUUAUUGCCAGAUAUGCAAUGUAAGGUUACGUCACCUGCAUUUAAAUAUUAUUGUGAAAUAUUCCUUUUUUGAAAGGUUGCCCUUAGGGAACAUUUAUGCUGCAUUAUCUAUGCCUGCAUUUGAAAGAGAAUGUAGAAUGCAUGCAUAGUAGCUCUUGUCAAAAGACGCAGGCUGUGUUAGAAAACUAUAGUUAAUUAGUUCUGUUUGAUACAGAUCAUGAAUAUUAAUGAUUGUGAACUUGGUGUGGACACUUAAUAUUAUAUAUUUACCUACUUUAUUACCAAUAACAAUGUCUUAGUAAUUAGUAAUUUACACCUUAUGCUAAAAUUACAGCGUAAUUGACAAAAUAUUAUAAUUCAGCAAAAUAUUAUAAUGACUAAAUAUCAGUGAUAAAAAAUCAUGUACAUAUACAUAUUAAAAGGCCUUUUAACAACUGUAGUUUUGGCAAAACAUAUAUUCAUUACACAUUUUUACAACACUAUAUUCAAUGUGCACUAGGUGAUUAUUAGGGUCUAAUGACUCUGUAUCUAGUUGAAUCAAGCUUUUGAUGUUGAUUUGUAUCAUUCAUGGCCCAAUAAAGGCAUUUUAUGCAUAUAUUGAGCGAAAUAAUAUAAAUAUAUCGAUGAGUCAUAAGUA